GGCGAAGGCGUCCGUAGUGGCGGUGAUGGGCGGAGGAGGAGGAAGAGGAGGAGGGGGAAGCGUUGGCAGGAGCGGGCGGGCUGGCGGGCGGGGUGGGGUGGGGUGGGGUGGGGGACGCGAGCGGAGGCGCGGUGCGCGCGGGCUGUGGCGGGCACGAGCCCCACGCCUGGAGAAGGAGGAGGAGCCAGGCCCGGGAGGAGGGCUACCGAGGUUUCAGGAUGUGCAGGGACCCCCACCCGCUCCCGGAGCCCAAGCAGCCGCCCCCAGGGCACCUGCAGCCUCACAGCCCCGGCAGGCGGCGGGAGCUCCAGUGCGCCUGGAGCGCUGCACACUGCGCGGGAGGAGCCGAGCCCUCGCACCUCCCGGGACUGCUCCCCGAGGCGGCCCGCCGGGGCUCCCGGGAGGCCCAGAGGUUCCUAGAGGACUGCCGCACACCCACACAGGACCAAGUUCAACCGAUAUUCGUGGAAUCAGACAGCGGGAAGUUUCUUUGAUUGCCGGAGCCAUCUGCAUAUGUCACUCAUUCCUUCACACUCCUUGCCAGCAGGACCGAUUUCUCCUCAAAGCUCUGAGGGUUGGAGACUUCCCUGGAGCCGGUCAGUAAAGUCCAUUUGCAAAUUAUACGACUUGGGAAACCUCCUACACACUCUCAGUAAUUCUCCUCCCCGAUCUCUUUCACAGGCAUCCUUUCCUCCCUAGCUGGUGAUCAAACUCAUCAACAACUCUAAAAAGUUUACAUUUUCCCAAAGCAAAACUGGACCUGCUGUGUUUCUACUACCCCUGCGAUUUUCGGUUUCCCCCCUGGGUUGGAAAAGGGGCACAGUGAGGGUUCCCCCCCAUCAGGGCUAUUUUUUUUUCCUGUAAAAGGGUGACCUGUUGUAAUUCCAGCCUCCAUCGUACAUUUUCAACAUUGUGUAUUUGAUCUGACUCUUCUAUUUUAUGUGGGGCGGUAAAAUCCAAAUGUGCAACUCGAACAACAACAACAGACAUUUUCCUUUUCAUAGGGCACGUAAGACAGUGUUAUCCCACUAAGGCAACGCAGGGCAGUGUUUAUUUCUUUGAGAAGUCCCUGUAAACGUUGGGCACUUUCACCGUUUCAGAGUAAGCUGACAUGUUUCUGUUAUAUUACGUGCAGAGUCCAUCUGUGCUAAACAGUUCAAUUGUAUUAGCUAUGAACCAAAAAUUCAGGUGUUUUUCCUAGAUGGUGCAGUUUUCAUAACGACAGCGCUAAUCUACAUAAAUUUUGGCUUUGCUUUGAAGAUUAUGUGAGGAAAGUAAAACCUACAUCAUAAAUAUUCCAAGCCGUGCUUUUUAACCUGUUAAUCACCAACUUCUAAAUAAGCAUUUAAUAUGCUACAACCUAAACAAACAUUUGCUGUCCUGUAGGGCCAGCUCUGUGAAGCAUGGAACACCACCCAGCUUUCUCCCCUGCCAUUAAUAUGCCCUUCCUGACUUGCCCAUUGCAGAGUCUAAUUAAAAUUCACAAAGAUAAAAAGCAUGCCAUUUAAAACCUUUCAACUAGAGGACCUAAACCUCUUCUACUUGGUUCGAACACUUCACUUGUUACUAUACUUCCCUGUUUUCCAUUGCUAUGAGUCAAUCUUCAUCAAGAUCCCUUAUCAUUUCGCCAUUUACAUGACUACUAAUUGUUAAUAUUUGGAUAAUGGAAAUUAAACAGCGUUUGGUUGCUUCUCAACUUUAAUUGCUUGCUCUGACAAUUUCUCCUUCAUGAAUGUCACAAUUUUUGUAAACAUCUUCACAGAUUAGUCUCAUAAUGCCAAUUUAUAGAUUUUAGUUUAAUUGCUUUACCUCAAAAUUUAUAUCUACUGGAAUGAUUUGUUCUAAAAGAAUUAGCUUUCUUCAGUUGGCUCCCUUAUUAGAUUUGUAAUCUCAUUUCCUUAUGACCCACUUACAUGUAACUUCGCAAAGCUCA